AAAAUACCAAGUCCCUUUGAACUGAGCGGGCGGCAACGGAUGGCGUCGCCGGUAGUCGGGCUGAUCGCGCCGGGACACCGCCCUCCAUCGCCGACUCGGCCGUCGUUCAGUAAACUUGCAACGAAACGCAAACUCAAUGAAGUUUUGCCGUUCUGCGACGAGAUGACGACGACAUCGUUUUACGAACCGCCCUUGCUGGACGGGGCGGCGUCGGUCGUGGCUCGGAAAGAGUCGCCGGAGCGGCGACGGAGCAGCUUUGUCGCAUCCAAGGACAAACACAGCGAUCGGAAAGUCAUCGAUCCCCAUUCCAAAGUCGUCCCAAACUACCUCGGCGGAACGUCCAUGCAGACCCGCGCGUACGACGCCGCGAUGCGGUUGAUCACGUGCCGGUUCUCCGACUCCCAACUCGAGGACAUCUUCCGAAAACACUACCGCCACUACGUGAUGGGCAAAGUGCGCAUGGGCGGGUGGAUCUCGAUCAUGUUGCAUGUCGUGAUGGGCGCGAUCGAGUACAUGUGCGGGUACAGCGUCCCCCGCGAAGGCGUGCUGGUCUUGGCCCGCGCCACCAUCGUGCUCGUGACCCUCGCGUUCCUCCGCAUCACUAGGAGGCCAAGCUUUCAGUCCCACUUCGAAGCGUGCAUGCUGUCGUACUAUACACUCCUUGGCUCGCUUGUCGUGGGGACGAGCAUGCUGUUUGAUUCGCGGUUCGACGGUGUGUUUGCCGGCGACGACAUGUACUUUUUUUUCGCCGGCCGGUGGUCCCAGGCCAUUUCGCUCAUCUACACUUCGAUUCUGUUCAACGCGAGCGGGAUGACGUUCAUCAUGUCGACGACAUGCGCGUGGCUCCAUAUUGUCCUCAUGAUUGCCGUCCCGUUUGGGGCGUACCCGUCCCACCGGCAGCUGCGCGAUCCGCAGCUCGCGUACGGCCCGAUCUUGACGUGUUUCUGCAUGCUGUCUGCGUACAACAGCGAGAGGCACAUCCGCAAGGAGUUUGUGCUAAGGUGCAACGUGACCGAGGACCGCAAACGACGCGACGAUCUGCUUGAAACGAUGCUGCCCGCCCACAUCAAAGAGAGUCUCAAGGAGAAUCGGACCGACGAGCUGGCCGAGCAAUUUGACGAGGUGUCGAUCCUGUUUUGCUACGUCAGCGACUUUGGCCGACUGUCGAAAACCACACCUGCGAUCGAACUUGUGCAGCUCAUGAACCGCAUCUUCUUUUGCUUUGACAAGGCCACCGACUCGCGCGGCGUGUACAAAAUCGAAGCAAUUGCAGAGACAUACAUGUGUGCCGCGGGGGUGCCGGUGAAGGACCCGCACCACCACGAAAAAAUCGCCGACAUGGCGCUCACGAUGAUGUACAUCCAGGAGCAGGAAAAGUGGACGUGCCAUGGGGAGCUCAUUCGGCUCAAGAUUGGCAUCCACAGCGGCCCUGUCGUUGCCGGCGUCAUCGGGUCGAAGGCGUACAGCUAUCACUUGUUUGGGGACACAGUGAACACGUCGUCGCGAGUGUGCUCGUCGUCAAAGCCAGGGAAAAUCCAGAUCAGCGAACGAACGUUUGCGUUGCUGUCGCGGUCGGCGUGCUACGACAUCGUGCCUCGUGGCAAGAUUGCGCUCAAGGGCAAAGGCGAGCUCAUGUUGUACUGGCUCGAGCGCAAGAUCCUCCGCCCGAUUGUGCAGGACCCGCUCGGGAUGACGACGCGGUUCGACCUGGCCGAAGACAAGGCGGUUGCGUCGGCCCCAAAAGCCAAGCCAGGGUCGCCCACGUCGACAGAGUCGGCCAAAACUGACGUCGAAUCGCUCGAAAUGAACAAACGUACACUCGCGUUCCAGUCCAAAGCCGCCAUGAGCAAGCGCCGGCGGUCUGCGCUCGAACGGCGCAUGGAGAUUGCGUUCAUCGUGGACUACAACAUGGCAAACUUGACGCAAUUCCGAUGGGCGCUGGGGGCGGGCAUUGGCAUCCUCAGUGUGGCGGCGAUGCUGAACGGUGGAGUGCUUGGCAUGUCGCUGCAGGUGGAAGGUACCACGCAAGGCAGCGCAGCGAUGACGCUGAAUCUGUCGGGAGUUGUGUUGCUCGCCGGCCUCUUUGCCUAUAGCUACCGUCGGAGGUUUUUGUCGCGGAUGCAGACCGCGUCCGGGAUCGUCGUCGGCCUUGUCUUUGCUGGGCUCAACUUUCACCUCGUCCUCAGCCCCAAGAGCAACUUUCUCAACCUGAACCUCAUCUACAUCACGAUCGUGAGUCUCCUCAUGCGCUUCCGCUUCGUCACGUCGGCAGCAAUCAAUUGCACCAUCCUCGUGCUGUACUUGAUCCUGCUCUUGUCGUGCCACCACGACCUCCGUAACGUGAUUGGAUUCCUCUGCAUCACGAUCUUUUGCACGACCAUCGGCCAGUACUCGUGCUACCGCCGCGAAGUCGGCCUCCGCACCGACUUUUUGCUCAAGCAUAUGCUGAACCUGGAGAAGAAGAAGUGCGAGGAGCUGUUGGCCAACAUGCUCCCGUCGCCCGAGUAUGCCGAGGCCCUCUUGCUCAAUGGAACGAUCGUCGAUGAGCUGAAUGACGUAACUCUUCUUUACUCCGACAUGGUCGGGUUCACUGCCCUCAGCGCGACCCUCAAGCCCGUCGAGUCAUGUCUCUUCCUCAACAAAGUCUACUCGGCCUUCGACCGGCACUUGGAUGCCUUUGGCGUGUAUAAAAUGGACACCGUCGGCGACGCCUUCAUCGUCAUUGGAGGUGCGUUGGCGCUGCCCGUUCCAUUUCUGAGUCUUGAAAUCGUGCGUCCUGUGUUUUGAAUCCACUGCGCGGUUGACGGCCACCUUCCGUGCCAUGCGUUUCCAUGGACUUCCAUGGCGAUUUCUUGUUGUGUUGACAAGUAGCGCCUGCUUGUGUCGUCGUUGCUGCGUAUCGGUUGAAGUUGCUGAUGGCCACGAUGCUAACGCCCUGUCCACUCGGAACGGUAGGACUGCCCAACUACAAGAGCGAAAAGAAUCAUGCGGUCGCCAUCACGGCGUUCGCUGUGGAAAUGCUACGUGAGAUGGACGAGUUUCGGCGAAGCGAGAACGUCAACUUGCAAAUGCGGAUUGGAAUCCACACGGGCAAGGUCGUCGGCGGUGUUGUCGGCAUCAAGAAACCGCGGUACUUGAUUUGGGGCAGUCAAACGGUCGUGGCCAACAGCAUGGAGUCGAAGAGCAUUCCUGGGCGCAUCCAGAUCUCGGAAGCGACGUUCACCAUGUUGCAGGAAGCAUCGUCGCAGUACCAGUUCGAGUCCCGAGGCGACAUCUGCAUUGGCGACACGGAAUCGAUUUCUACCUACUUUGUCAAGGUACAUAGCGAUUCCCACGAGCUGGCUUGACAUGGCGCGCCAACGCAGACGGACCAAGCCCCUAAAAAGGAAACAAUCGUCGCCAAGUUCUUCCCGACUAUACUCCACAAGUCAGACAUGCCAGUCAAAAGCAAGCAAUCCAAGGCCACCCUCGACCUUGAAAACCUCCUUCUCGACGCGCGGCGACGAAACCCCUUCUUCCAGAACGUCGAGCUCAUGGGCGAAGGAUCCCGCAUCCUCCAUAAGCUUGCGGGUUCGCGGAGCUCCGUCACACGGACGGUGGCAAAUCUCAGCACCGCGACAGCCCAGACCUAACUUAUUUAAAUUAUUGGGUAUCCGGAUCGCAUUCCGGAUACAUGGUUGAAACCGCC